AAAAAAACUGUUGGUCAAAUAGGGCUGAUGUGAUGCUGUUAGCCACUCUUGCUUGUGUUUUAGGUCAAUCCUUGGUGAUACUUAAAAUAAUGGAAAUUUCUAACUUGCACUCAAUGAUAUUCUUCCAUUACUUGUGUAUAUAUGUGUGUGUGCGUGUGUGUAUAUAUAAUAGGCUCAUUCUAGUGGCUCAAUGUAUUUCUUUCCUGUUAUCAUAUUUUAGAAGAAAAAGACUCAAAGGUAUAUUAGCAGAGAGAAAAUCUAAUACAAUUGGCAGAUUUGGAGUUAUGGGGAAAUCUUUUCUGUAUGAGUUUGUCCUGUUACUGGUUUCAGCUUUCAUUCUAGUACCUGAAACCCUGAGCUGGAGCAAAGAGGGUCAUAUCAUCACAUGUCGAAUUGCACAGAAACUGUUGGAUCCUGAGGCAGCACAUGCAGUUCAGAAUCUUUUACCUGACUAUGUCAAUGGCGACUUAUCCAGUCUCUGUACAUGGCCAGACCAAAUCCGGCACUGGUAUAAAUACCGGUGGACAAGCUCACUUCAUUUCAUUGACACACCUGAUAAGGCCUGCACUUACAAGUAUUCAAGAGACUGUCAUGAUCCUCAUGGCCUGAAGAACAUGUGCGUUGAUGGUGCUAUCCAAAAUUUUACCUCUCAGCUUCUGCAUUACAAAGAAGGAACCUCUGAUCGUCGACAUAAUAUGACUGAAGCCUUACUGUUCUUGUCCCACUUCAUGGGAGAUAUUCAUCAGCCAAUGCAUGUUGGUUUCACAAGUGAUGAAGGUGGAAACACCAUUGAACUACGCUGGUUUCGACACAAAUCUAAUCUGCACCAUGUGUGGGAUAGGGAGAUCAUUCUGACAGCUCUUGCAGAUUACUACGAAAAGGAUAUGGACCUUCUCCAACAAGACUUGGAGAGGAACUUCACUGAUCAGGGGAUAUGGUCUGAUGAUGUAUCAUCAUGGAGAGACUGUGAUGACCUUCUUUCCUGUCCUAACAAAUAUGCACUAGAAAGCAUAAACAUAGCUUGCAAAUGGGGUUAUAAAGGAGUAAAGUCUGGUGAAACUCUCUCAGAUGAUUACUUUGAAUCAAGGCUGCCCAUCGUCAUGAAACGCAUCACUCAAGGAGGGGUUAGAUUGGCCAUGGUGUUGAACAGGGUGCUUGGUGAGAGACAAGAAGAUCAUGUUGCAGCAACUUAAUUAAUUAAUUACAACCUUAAACAACAUAAUUAAUUUCAUUAAUCACACCAAUUAUGUUUAGUA